UUGUAAUUUUUAAUAAGAAAAUAUGGAGAAAGUAACGGAAAACCCGGUUUGGUCCGAACCGGUUUAGUUAUGGGCCCCUCAACCAUGAUUAUAAUUAAUUACAUUAUUAUAUUCUCGGACAUCUCCGUUUUUUUCUUACUACCCGAAAAAGUGUCAAUUCUUUCCUAGUUUCUUUUAGAUCUAUAAUUCUUUCUCUACCUUAAUCUCUAAUUUUUCAUUAUUUUCUUCGGAGAAUCCAAACAAGCAAAUGGCUCAAGGAACCCUUGAAGUUCUUCUUGUUGGUGCUAAAGGUCUUGAGGAUACAGAUUUUCUUUCUGACAUGGAUCCUUAUGUCAUCCUUACUUGCCGAACUCAAGAGCAGAAAAGCAGUGUUGCAUCUGGGAAAGGGACUGAGCCAGAAUGGAAUGAAAAUUUUGUGUUCAGUGUGAACUCUGAGGGCGUUUCAGAACUCACCUUGAAAAUAAUGGACAGUGACAACAUUUCCCAGGAUGAUUUCGUUGGAGAAGCAACUAUCUCACUAGACGCUCUGUUUACGGAAGGAAGCAUUCCACCAACUGUAUAUAACGUAGUAAAGGACCAAGAAUAUCGUGGAGAGAUCAGAGUUGGCCUCAAUUUCAUUCCUGAGGAACGCCGUGAACGUAACUCCGGUGCUGAAGAAGAGAGUGUGGGGGGAUGGAAAGAGUCUUCCUACUCCUACUGAAUGAAUCUGAGUGUCAAUGAUCUGAGUCUUGCUACUGAGUAUCCAUGAUCUGCUGUGGAUUUUAAGAUACCAGAUUUGAGUUCUUGUGAUGGAAAUAAAAAGUGUUUUGGAAUAUGUAGUUGUAUAAACAUUGGCUUGGUUUGGUUUUGGAUGUUUUCUGCAUUCUUUCUUUUGAUUUGAGGUUUGGUUUGGAUGGAGACAACCAAAUGAAUUAAGCCCAACAUUUCAUCUAUAUGCCGAUUAGUUGCAUCACAAUUUUAGUUAAA